AUGAGCAACCUUACCACCACUCCCGUCAUCCCUCCGCCGCCUGGAACACAGUCAAAUUUUGUUAAUCCAGUCGACCAGUUAACAGCUGUUUAUGUCACGUCGGGUAUCGUGCUUGCCCUCUCGACAAUAGGGAUAGCUGCACGGCUGUUCGUAAAGUUGAUUGUUGUACCUGGUAGCCACCGAAUCGAGGACUACCUGAGUUACUUUGCCUUCGCUUCCUUCAUUUCCUAUGUCGCCGUCAUCCUUCAUCUGUCUGGCAUGGGCCUCACCCACCACAUGUACGACAUUCCUGUUACACAGAUAUCCGAUCUUUUGUACUGGAUAAACAUCGUGUACUGCAUGUACUCCAUCCCUACAGCCGCCGCAAAGCUUUCUGUACUAUUCCAGCUUAGGUCGAUAUUCACCACUGGCACCAAAAAUGCCGUCUAUUGGGUUAUCAUGGCGUCAAUUAUCAUCAACUCUUUCUUCUAUACCGGCCUCUUCUUCUCCUACGUCUUUCAGUGCUGGCCGCGAGAGAAGAUAUGGCUUGGAGACGCGGUCGCAGGCAAAUGUACCGAUGCCAUCCAAGUGAACCUCAGUUCGGGAGUACUCAACAUCAUAUCUGAUGUCGAGGCUUUGCUUAUUCCGACCUGGGCUAUCUGGCACCUCUCACUGUCAUUGAAACGCAAGCUCGCUGCCUUGUCCGUCUUCGGCGUCAGUUCGAUUGCGAUUGCAAUCGGCAUUGGAGGCAUGUACAUCCGUGUCAUACUCCUUACCAACAUUGAUCAGACUUGGUGGCUCACAAAGCUUGCGUUGCUUGUGACUGCCGAGAUCUCCAUCGUAAUAUUUGUUGGUUGUAUGCCUUCUUUCUCACGACUCUAUCACCAUUACCACGGCACUGGACCUUCCGCAAAGGCCUCGCCCAAAUCUUCCAAAGCUGAGAUUGUGACGUUCGGAUCAUCUGAGAACAAAAGAAAAUCUGGCAAGGGUGGCAAAGUAUUAGAUACCAUGGCCAGAUACAUGGGCACGGGUGGUACUGGCAUGACCACACUGGGCACUGAAGGCGGCUUCGAUAACGAGGAUACGGUCGAACUGCGCAUAAAUGCCACCUCAACAGCUAAUGCUGGUGGUGUGACAACACCUGAGACAUACACUCAAAUGAGUGAAAUGGAGAACGGUGGUCAACAUCCAGUCUCAACCCCGAAUGACGCCCAAAAACACAUCUGGAAGACUAGUCAAGUCCUGCAGACUUAUUCCAAGUUGCCGGACGACGAAUGGAAGAAUAAGAGAAGUGUAUGAGAUAGUAGCGGCGCUGGGUUACGGCGUUUAUCUUUGUUAGCACAAGUUCCUGUACAUUUUCCCGUAAUGUUUCAUACCCUUGAAUACUUUCCGACUAUGCAAUGUGUGAUGCAGUUUUCAA